UGUUUCUUUUUCCGGUAAAGGCGUGGCCACAACAUUUUGCCGGGUUCUGAUUGGCUGCUGCGCUUCUGCGCUUUUCAAAAUCGCUCCGGCGUCUGACUGACGGAGCUGUCAAACCUUCGACGACGGACGCAGUUUGCCAUGAGGGCGAGCGAGUUUGACUCUUCAGCCGAGGAAGACGAUGACGUGGGAGAAGAAGAGCGGACUCCUUUGGACAUCUCCUGGUUGUCUUUGGCCAAAGUGGAGUCUUCCCAGUUCCUCGGCAUAUGUGCACUUCCAGGUUGCAGAUACAAUAAUAUCCAUAGGAGCCUGCAGAGAGACGUUGAGGAGCUGCAAAAGCAAGGCGUGCAGGACGUGUUUGUGUUGUGCACCAGAGGUGAGCUGUCCAAGUACCGCGUGCCGUCCCUGCUGGAGGUCUACCGGCAGAGGGGCUUCACCGUGCACCACGAGCCCUUCCUGGACGGGGACGCCCCCGAGCUGGAGCAUUGCUGCCGGAUCCUGGACCAGCUGCGGGACAGCCUGGAGAGCCGGCGCAGAACCCUGGUCCACUGCUACGGAGGUUUGGGACGCUCCGGCUUAAUCGCCGCCUGCCUGCUCAUCCAGCUGUCUGUGACCAUGACGGCCAACGAAGCCAUCGGCAUCCUGCGGGAGCUGCGAGGAGGCGGAGCCAUUCAGACCAUCAAACAAUACAACUUCCUGCAUGACUUCCGGGAGCGAUACGCUGCCUACCAAGAGCGCAGAGAUGUUCCCAAAGAGCGUUCCGUCUCACGAUGAGUCAUUUCCCUCUUGGCUGUGAUCAAUGAGCCGCACUUUAUAAAAUAAUUUAUCAUGUUUUUCCCCUUAUGAGAGAUCUGAAUAGAAAACCAUGCAUGAGUGCUCA